GAAACAUAUAGGUAUUUUUGUCCCGUAUGUGUUAUAAAUGGCAUAUAGUUAUAUGCGUAAUUAUAGUUUUCUGCCAAUUUACAAUUACUGGUGUCAUUUUGGAUAAACCUGGUUAAUAGGGCCAAGAUCAUAGUUCAAACUCUUGACUGCAUGCUUCGGUAGUCCUUCGCUCUAAUAAUUUUGAAUGAAUUAAUAAAUAAUUGCACUAGCUAGUGUAUGUACAUUUGCCGUUGCCUCGCUCCGUUAACGCUUUAUUCUCAGCUUUGUGCUUCGUUUCCUUAACAAACUCAUAUAGCUAUUUACUUUUACCUUCGCAGCUAAAAGUACAUUCAGAAACUUGAUAAAUAUAAAUGUUAAACACAGUUAACAAGGUUGUAUUUACGUAAUCAUAAGUGCUUUGCGUCUUAUUUCGUUGAAAAAUUUCCUGCAUGCGUACACACGCAUAUAUACUUAUCUGUGAAAUUUCGAAGCAGAACAUACACAAAGAGAAUAAUCUAUCCGUGCACUUCAAAAUUGUGCUGAAGCCAUGUAGAAGCAGUAGGGGGCCUAUGUAGGGUGUAGAUUGUAGCCUUAUAGCUAUAGGCUACGCGUAGCGAAUAGAAUAGUGAUGCUCAGCUUUAGUUUCAGUUUUAGUUUACUAGAUGGCGAUGGGUCUCUUAGCUGAGACUCCGGUAUGCCAAAUAAAAACACAUGCGUUGACAGUGAUACGCAGCGAAACGCGCAGACUUGUUCUACUUAAAAAAAAAGUAACAACAAUAGGUUACUUUUGAUUGAUUCUAAUUUAUAGAAUAUGGCUCAACAACGUGCUCUGCCUCAAAGCAAAGAAGCUCUUCUCAAAUCUUACACUACUAGACUAAAGGACGAUGUAAAAUCAAUGCUUGAGAAUUUUGAAGAGAUUUUGAAACUAGCUAAAGGAGAGGGUGAUACACAGUUGAAUCGAAUGACACAAUGUGAAAUGGAUACAUACGAAAUGCACGUUCGUGCAGCAAACAUGGUCAGAGCAGGAGAAUCUCUAAUGAAACUUGUGUCGGAUAUCAAGCAGUACCUGAUUUUGAAUGAUUUUCCAUCAGUGAACGAAGCUAUUACACAGAAUAGUAAAAUCUUCAGGGCAAAGCAAGCAGAAUGCGAUCAGAAAUUGGCUUCACUGCGAGAUGACAUGGCUGCUGAUCUCUACGAGUUGGAAGAAGAAUAUUACACUUCCAUAUACAAAUGACUGAAUUAGGCUUUAUCCACUUGUGUAUAUAAGAGUGUAUAUAAAAAUGAAUUAUAGCAUUGUACAGUGAUCUUUACGAAUUUUUUACUGAAUUUUAAACAUGUCCAAACAAUAUUUUCAUGGAUACUUUUUUUAAUUGUAAUUAUUUUUUAUUGUACUUUCACAAUUUAUUUUUCAAAUUUUUAUAUAUUUUGAUUG